UCUACUGUCAAACACAUCAAAAAUUUGAACACACACUUACACACACACUUCUGAUGUCACUUCCUGGUGUACAGUAGGUCUUGGAAAGUCCUCAGUUUUCCUCAGCUCAGUGAUGGAGGGGAAGAAGCUGCUCGCGCUGCUCUGCGUCUCGUGGAGUGUUUUCUGCUUGACGGAGUGUGUGUGUCCUGAAGGUCUGUACACAGCAAGUAAUCGACUAGAGUGCUGUCUCUGUCCCAGAGGUUUUCGCUUAAUGAAUGACUGCAUUUCACCUCGAACUCCCCCUCAAAAGUGUGAAGUGUGUGAUCCCGGAACAUAUCUGGAUCACCCAAACAGUGAGCAAAAAUGUGAACGCUGUAAGACGUGUGACAACUUCGCUAACAUGGUGGAAGGACAGCGCUGUACACCUUCCUCUAACACCGUGUGCGUCUGUAAGGACGAUCAUUACUGCGAUAAAGGAGACGAGUGUAAAGUCUGUUACCCCUGCAGCACGUGUGAGUUUGGGAUUAAAGUUCCCUGCAAUCUCACCAGCGACACACAGUGCAACGAAAAAGCGCCUGAAGAGUCCAAAAUCACGACUGCCAUUGCCAUCACUGUGCCGAUAAUUGCACUAAUUGCAGUAACAUUAAUAGUAGUGUUUUUUCUGUGGAAGAGAAAACGGCUUUGUUUUAAAUCAGAUGAAAAGUUCGAAAAUCCUGAGUCACUGGAGCUGUUAGGUGAUACGGAUUUGGAAAGGUUUCUGCCUAGAAUAUCUGAAAUUCUGGGUUUCAAGGUGGUCCGGAACGUGGUGAGGCGCCAAGGCAUGCUGUCUCAGACCAUAAUAGACAACGUAAUGGAUGAAAAUCCUCGUGACGCGAAUGAGCGGGCUUACCAGCUGCUGAAGGCUUGGUACGAGAAACACGGCAUGAAAGGAGCUUACAAAGCUCUGACUGAGAACCUCAUCGCCAUCAACAUGAGAAGUAAGGCCGAGGAGGUGCAUGAACUCAUCAAAGAACUAAGCAAUAGAGGGGAGAGGAGAAAUGGAGAUGUCUAGUUUUCUAAAGGGAGAUUAAAGGCUUUCCAGCUACAGCCAAGAAAAAAUAAAACUGGGAAAAAAAAAACAUUUGCACAUUAUCACAAAUCCAAUAAAGGAGAAAGAGAAGUUUGUUUCUACAGAUAAUAUUUAGUCUGUUAGUUCGAAUGUUGAGUUCUCCUCACCAGCGAAUCACUCCCUGCUAAGCAACGAUCUCCUCCAGGAGAUUAUGGCGGAUGGUUCCACGUAGAAACCAUAAAGCUUUAUGAAGAAGGGUAAUGAUUUAUAAUCGCAUUAUCUGGUGUCGCACAGAGGAGGAUGGGUUCCGUUUUGAGUGUGGUUCCUCUCAAGGUUUCUUCCUCAUGAGGUCUCGGGGAGUUUUUCCUCACCGCCGUUGCCUCUGGCUCGUCUCGUUUAAAUUUAUAUCUGGAUCUGGCCAACACUUUACUUUUUUACUUUUACUUCUUUACAAACUGUUCAUUUUUAAUGUUUUGGUUUAUUGUUCUUUACUUUUGUAGUUAGAUUUGCGUUAUAUAGCGUGAUAUAGCGUUAUAUAGCGUUAUAUAGCGUGGUAUAGCGUUAUAUAGCGUUAUAUAGCGUGAUAUAGCGUGAUAUAGCAAUAGGGCUAUCUUUUCCCUCUAACCAUAAAGCAUGGGGUGAUAGACUCUCAGCUAUAUUUGUGUCACUGUGUUGCACUAGGUUGUUUAUAGUUCAUAGCUUCAUGUUUGUUUAUAUAUAUAUAUAUA